UUACGCCACCUACGCACAUUAGUUUGCUAAGAAGAUCCGGAGUAGUCGUAGGGUGCUGCGAUUCUGGAUCGAGCGCUGCUUCAUCUUUCUCUAUUUCAUUUCUCGUUUUUAACAUUUAUUUCCAUCAACUAGCUACAGACAUGUUCACCUCUCUCUAGCACCACCCGAAUCUUCCUUCCUGGGGAUAUUCCCCCUCUCUCUUCAUUAUUCAGAUGGCAGAUGUAGGGAUACAAGGCAGCUGCCUCUCCUGGAUAUUCCAUUUGGAGGAAAUGGGACCCAACCUUUGUGACUGGGACUACUGUACUGAAUUUAUCAUCAACAGUCUUUUUACAUGAUCCUCGCCUGUAUUCUUCAGUGUCUUGAGUCCGAAAGGCAAGAUCAAAAUAGACUGCAGCAUCUAGAUGAAGUUGUUCAGCCAUGCAAUGUUCCUGGAAGGCUGUGAUUCUUCUAGCCUUGGCAUCCAUUGCAAUCCAGUACACCGCAAUCAGGACUUUCACAGCAAAGCCCUUUCAGAUGUGCCCGGUACCAAACCCUUUGAACUGUGGCCUGGGCCAGGAGACGGACACCUUCGACAGGAUCUGUGAUGAAUACCCCUACUUCACCUACAAUACCUCCAGGAAGACCCACAUCCUUAUCCUGGCAACCACCCGAAGCGGCUCCUCCUUUGUGGGCCAGCUGUUCAACCAGCAUUCAGAUGUGUUCUACCUGUUUGAGCCCCUGUACCAUGUACAGAUGACCCUGAUUCCCCGGCUCUCCCACAGCAAGAACACAGCUGACAGGAGAGUGAUGCUAGGGGCCAGCAGGGAUCUCUUGAGAAGCCUGUAUGACUGUGACUUCUACUUCCUGGAGAGCUACAUUAGGCCCCAGCCAGUGAACCACACCACAGACAAACUAUUCCGCCGGGGGGCCAGCAGGGCACUGUGCUCCCCACCAGUGUGUGAUGCCUUUGGUCCCAGCGAGGUCAACAUUGAGGAAGGCGACUGUGUCAAGAAGUGCCCCUCAGUCAACAUGACUCUGGCUGCCGACUCCUGCAGGGAGCGCCGACACAUGGCCAUCAAGAUUGUGCGGGUGCCAGAAAUAAAUGACCUCAGGGCCCUUGUGGAGGACCCCCGACUCAAUCUGAAGAUCAUUCAGCUGGUUCGGGACCCGAGGGGGAUCCUGUCCUCGAGGAUUGAGACCUUCCGGGACACCUACCGGCUGUGGAGGAUCUGGAGGGCCACGGGCCGCAAGCCGUACAACCUGGACCUGAGCCAGCUGACAGUGGUGUGCGAGGAUUUUCUCAACUCGGUUUCCACAGGCUUGAGUCAGCCCCACUGGCUGAAGGGGAAGUACAUGCUGGUGAGGUAUGAGGACCUGGCCAGGAACCCACUGCAAAAGACAAAGGAGAUAUAUGAUUACUUGGGCAUGUCCAUGGACAAGAACGUGGUCCAGUGGAUACAGACGAACACUCGAGGAAGUAACGAGCUGUCGGCCAAGCAUAAAUACGGGACAGUGAGGGACUCAGCGGCCAACGCAGAGAACUGGAGAUUGAAAUUGUCUUACGACAUGGUCGACUACACGCAAACCGUGUGCCAGCAGAUUCUGCACCAGCUGGGCUACAAGGCGGUCAGCUCCCCGGAGGAACUCAAGAAUAUGUCUCUCACGCUCGUUCAAGACAGAACUUUUGUACCGUUUUUGUAACUAAAGGUAGUUGUGGACAACUAUUUUUGAUAUAUUUAUAAAUGUUGCCUUAAUAUUUUCAAUUUUGCACUAAAUUUACAAAAAACUUGAAGGCAUCAGAUCAGGCACCCUCAUUACAUUAGGUAUAGCACAACACAUUUAAACAAAUAAUAUUGUUUACAGACAUGAAUUUGAUGUGAAGUGAUUUCUAAGAGACCAUGUUUACUUCAGAACUUUUUUUGUUCAUUUGAAAAUGAACAAAAAAAUAAAAAUAAAGCACCACCCUUCAUAAAAUUAUUGUUUGCUGGCUACUGCAUUGACAAAAGUGAAUGUUGCCAUUUGUCCAUUUGAAGUAACUGGACCUAAAAUAUUAGGAAAUGUACUUAAUUCCUGUGGCUGAAUUACUGAAAUGUAUGAGAUCUAUUGUGCAAUAAAAUGUGGAUGUUACAGUCA